UGGGGGCUUUUUUUGUGGAAGGUUGAAAAGGAGAAAAAGAGCGCAGAGUGAUCCAUGUUGCGGUUAAAGCACAUUCUGAGCCUCCGGGCGCCGCGGACGCGGAGCUGCGCUUCCCCGGGAGUCAGACUCUCAUCCCGGGCUCCUUCGUGCCAAAGCCCUGGUGCCAGCUCGAGGAUUUACUGUGCGUGUUUGCUGCUGCUGCUGCUGCUCACACCGCGCGUGGACUCUUCAUGGUGGUACAUCGGUGCUCUCGGGGCCCGCGUCAUCUGCGACAACAUCCCAGGUUUGGUGAACAAGCAGCGGCAACUGUGCCAGCGUCACCCGGACAUCAUGCAGGCCAUCGGCGAGGGAACCAAGGAGUGGAUCAGGGAGUGCCAGCACCAGUUCAGACACCACCGCUGGAACUGCAGCACGCUGGACCGCGACCACACCGUGUUCGGACGUGUCCUGCUACGCAGCAGUCGCGAGGCGGCCUUCGUCUACGCCAUCUCGUCGGCAGGCGUGGUGUACGCGCUGACGCGCGCCUGCAGCCAGGGCAAGCUGAAGACGUGUCACUGCGACCCGCACAAGCGCGGGCGAGCCAGCGACGAGCGGGGGGACUUCGACUGGGGCGGCUGCAGCGACAACAUCAACUACGGCAUCAAGUUCGCCAAAGCCUUCAUCGACGCCAAAGAGAGGACGGUGCGAGACGCGCGAGCGCUCAUGAACCUGCACAACAACCGCUGCGGCAGAACAGCCGUGAAGCGAUUCAUGAAGCUGAAGUGUAAAUGUCACGGCGUGAGCGGCUCCUGCACGCUGCGCACGUGCUGGAUGGCCAUGUCGGACUUCAGGAAGACCGGCGACUACCUGAGGAGGAAAUACAACGGCGCCAUCGAGGUGACGAUGAACCAGGACGGGACGGGCUUCGCCGUGGCCAACAAAGCCUUCAGGAAGGCCACCAAGAACGACCUGGUCUACUUCGAGAACUCUCCGGAUUAUUGCUUACAGGACAAAGCAGCAGGUUCUCUGGGAACAGCCGGGCGCGUCUGCAACAAGACGUCGCGCGGCACCGACGGCUGCGAGGUCAUGUGCUGUGGGCGGGGCUACGACACCACGCGAGUCAAGCAGAUCACCAAGUGCGAGUGCAAGUUCAAGUGGUGCUGCGCCGUGGAGUGCAAGGACUGCGAGGAGGCGGUGGACGUGCACACGUGCAAGGCGCCCAAACGAGCCGAAUGGCUGGACCAGACCUGAGGACACGCCC